CGGGGCAAAUGGCCUGCGUCGCCGGUGUCGGCAGGGUCGGCCUCGGCACCUGCGAUUGCUAUGAGGAGAAUGACGACAGCGUGUUCAAAGCAGCGUUGGAGGUGUUCCAGAAGCUUAAGGAGCUGAAAUGCCCCUUGCUGGAGGGCCUGUACAUCGCUGAACCAAAGACCAUUCAGGAACUGCUGUGUAAACCCUCCAAGUACCGCUUGGAGAUUCUGGAGUGGAUGUGUAGACGGGCCUGCCCCUCCUUGCAAGAGAAGCUCAGCUCACUGAAGACAGCCCCGGUGGAGGUGAAGAUCCAGGAGAUGGUGAAGCUUGGCUAUGAACUGAUGCUGUGCGCUCCAGAUGACCAGGAUCUUCUGAAGGGCUGUGCCUGCCCCUGGAAGCAACUGCACUUCAUGGACCGGCUCAUGAACGUGAUUCGGAGCCUGAACGUCGGAGGCUCCAACUGUGUCAGCCUGCAGGAGUGCUUUGAGGACACCAUGGAGAAGAACGAGGACCUGCUGGAGGAGGUCUUCUCCAGCUGUAGGCCGCACACGCUGCUGAGGCCCCUGCACGUGCAGCCCGUCCUCGAUGAGCGGAGCGCGAAGCACCCGAGUUCGUGCCCCUCCUCCCAGUCAGAGGAAGAGAAGCUGGCAGACCUGGCCAGGCAGCUGCAGCAGUGCGUUGCCAAGUUGCAGGCGCUCCGAGCAGAGAAGCCAGGGUCUGCUCUGAGUGGGACAGACAGCAGCACCGUGGAACAGAAGCUGCGCCUGGUUCUGUCUGACCUCUACCAGCUCGUCCUUGCCUUUCUCCAAGUCUAUGAUAAUGAGCUCAGCGAGUGCUGCCAGCGCCCGGAGCCUGACCUGCACCUCUGCGGCCCCGUGAUCCAGGCCGUGCACCAGACUCUGGCUUCUUGUAGCCAGCUGCUGAAAGCAGUCGUAGAGAUCAUGGACGCCUCUGCGCAAGUCUUGGAGAUGGCCAGGAGGCAGCAGGCUGAGCACGUCCGCUGGGGCAGCAGCCACGCCAUGAAAAGUCUAGCCUCCAAAAUCAAUGAACUCACACUGGCAUACACGGUCUGAACCGACAGCCUGUACCAGGACCCGGGAUAGGGCUGC